AUGCAUAUGAAUUCUGGGUGGCAUAAAGAUGCAAUAGAAAAGUCAAAUAAUUUCAUUAGUGUUGUGACAAACAAAACUAAGAGUGUGGAAGAACUCGCCAACGAGAAUCUUCCGAAAUUAGUACAAACUAAUCGUGCAAAGUUAAAAUCAAUUGUUUCUUGUGUAUUGUUUUGUGCAUUACAUGACUUACCUUUAAGAGAAGAAACAAAUUCAAAUGCUGUAUUUGAUGAUUUGUUACAAUUUAGGUUACAGUCAGGUGACGAAACACUGUGGAAACGUUUUGAGGGUGCGCCUAAGAAUGCUACCUGUGUUUCUCAUAGAACCCAAAAUGAUUUAUGUGCCAAAGUACUAAGAAAUGAUUUGAUUAAUACCAUCAAUAACACAGAAUCAUUUUCAGUUUUGGCAGACAAAUCAAUGGAUAUUGCAGGCACAGAACAACUUUCUCUUUCUGCGCGUUAUUUUGACCAUGUAACUAAUGUUGUCAGAGAAGACUUCCUUGAAUUUACACCAUUAGCAACGUUAGAUGUAAAACAUAUCUCCAACACAAUAAUAUCUACUUUAUCUGCUUGGGGUUUAAAUCUAGAUAAAAUGGUAGGACAAGGCUAUGACGGGUGCAGUAUGAUGGCCGGUAAAAUUGGCAGAGUACAGAAGAUAAUUGCUGAGAAAUAUCCCAAGGCUCGCUUCUAUCGUUGUGCUAGCCAUCGACUUAAUUUAGUUGUGAAUGAUUUGAACACCUUACCAGAGGUUAGAAGAGCCAUUGGUACUAUUAAAGAAGGAAUUUCUUUUUUCCAGGGGAGCACACAAAGGAUAGUCCUAGUUGGGAACCUUCAAAAACUGUGUGAGACACGCUGGUCUGAGAAGCAUAAGUCUAUAAGGAAAUUUAAUGAUAAAUUUUUAGAAAUUGUUGAAGCAUUAGCAAUUUUACAUAAAGAAGGAGAUCGUGAAACUAGUCAGAAAGUCCGGCAACUUUACUGCACACUUACUUCUCCAACAUUUAUUCUUACAUUAAAAGUCAUAGCAAAAUAUUCAGCCAAACUAGAACCUGUCACCAGUAUCCUACAAUCAGUAAACAUUAACUUGUUAGAAGUUUCAGAACACAUUCAAGGAAUUGUAAAAAUGUUAUUGGAUGACAGAGAAAAUGCGGAAGGCAAAUUUGAAAUGAUAAUGAAAAGUACUGAAAGCAACUAUAGUGCACUUGGAAUAGAUGUCACUGGCAUUCGACAACUAAAAUCUCUCUUUAUUCCAUAUUUGGAUUUCCUAGUCCAGUCCUUGCAGGAACAGUUUACAGAGGAUAACAAGGCAUCUUUUGCGAUUUUCUGCUUGCACCCAAAGGUAAUGAAAUCCCAAAGCAACCUAGAUGUGAAAAGGAUAAUUGAAAAUAUCAUAAGAUUUUAUGGCAAUCUUUUAGAUAACCUCACUGAAGAAGCAUGGACAUGGAUCAGUAUGUGGAAACGCAAUAAAGUAACUGAAGGAGAUAUUGCUCAAUUAAGCCUGACUGAUCUACUGGACAUAGCCAAAUUCAUACCCACCGUAGCUUCAGCCUUGAAGAUAGCCCUUAGCUUACUGGCAACCACCUGCUCUGCGGAAAGAUCGUUCAGCACUCACAGGAGUGUGAAAAUGUGGCUAAGACCUACCAUGGCAGAUAAUCGACUCAGUUGUUUGUGUAUGGUGUCAGUUCAUCAUGAUAACAUAAAAUCAGAGGAGGAGUCCUUUAUCGAAAAAGUGGUAGAUAGUUAUGGGAAGGACCUGAGAUGA